AUGGACGGUCUUGGCCUUAACAUACCUGUUGACAUAUACGUUUCACUUAUCAAAGAAUGCACUGAAUCUCGUGACCCUUUAAAAGCUGUUGAGCUUUACACCCAUAUUUGUAAAAGUGAUGUUAUUCCUAGCUUGCCGCUACUCAACCGUGUGCUGUUGAUGCUUGUUUCUUGUGAUUGUUUUCAACAUGCGCGCCAACUGUUUGAUAAAAUGCGCGUCAGAAAUUCUAAGUCUUGGGCUGCGAUAAUUGCGGGUUGUGUUGAAAAUGAUGAGUGCGAAGAAGCUUUGCGUUUGUUUUUGGCAAUGCAGAGUGAGACUGGGAACUUAUGUAAAUGUGGUGAUUUAAUUGAUGAUGGGAUUUUGGUAUGUGUCCUUAAGGCUUGUGUGGAAAUGAUGAAUUUAGAACUUGGGAAACAGAUUCACGGGUGGUUAAUUAAGGUGGGAAGUUGUGAAAGCUUCGCUUUGAGUAGUUUCUUGAUCAAGUUCUAUGGAGAGUUUGGUUAUCUAGAAAGCGCAGAUAAUGUGUUCGAUCAUGUUCCACAUUGUAAUACAGUUGUUUGGACAGCUAGAAUUGGCAAUUUGUGUAAAGAGGAGCAGUUUGAAGGGGCCAUAAGAAUUUUCAGGGAGAUGGUAAGAGAAGGAGUUAAAAAAAAUAGUUUUACAUUUUCAAGUGUUCUUAAAGCUUGCGGGAAGUUGAGGGAUGCUGGAUGUUGUGGUCAACAGGUUCAUGCUAGUUCUAUCAAGGUAGGACUUGAUAUGGCUGGUUACGUGCAGUGUAGCUUGAUUGACAUGUAUGGAAAAUAUGGGUUGCUAAGGGACGCACUGAGGGUUUUUAAUGCGAGAGAGGAUAAGAGUAAUAUUGCCUACUGGAAUGCAAUGCUGAUGGGAUGUAUACACAAUGGUUUCGGUAUUGAAGCCAUAAAGGUUCUCUAUGAGAUGAAAAAAGCUGAUGAUUUGCAUGAUCAAGGAAUUAUUCCGGAAUAUAAUGCAGCCGAUGAAGUGGCUAAUGUCUCUAAUUUCCCUGAUGAGUUGGUUGCAUUUCAAGGAUCAACAAGGAUGAUUUGCAAGAUCAAGGAAUUUGUCAUGGAAUGUAAUGCAGCCAACACCUAUGCAUUGGCAAAUAUCUCCAGUUUCUUUGAUGAGUUAGUUGCAUUUCUAGGAUCAACGAGGCUUAGCAAUGCAAGAAAUGCAACUCUGUUACCAGUAUCCAAGAUCGGUAUUCAAAUUAGUUUUACGAUUUUCGACACUGCAAAAUAUGCUGUUGGUAUGAUUUAUCAUGACAACGGAUCAGUGCAUAAAGGUUGUUGCUGA